AUGGCAGCUCGAUGCCCUAUGCUGUUCCAGAAUCAGGAGCAUGCCCUCGACGACAUUGUGGAAAGAGAGAGGUCUUUGGACCAAGAGCAACUCAUGGUAUCCGAAGGCGGGUCAGAGUGCGAACCAGAGUUAGCGACGGUGGAGGAAUGCGUUGAAAACGAGCAGGUGGUCAAUCGCUGGUUUGACAAUACCAUUUGCGAGGCUGACGACGCAGCUCUGAUACCCUUCAAAACACCGGCAGAAGUCUGCUUGGUAGAUCCAAGUUGGACGAGCAAACUUGUCUGGGACAUCUACGUGAUGCUCGUGGUGCUGAUGGAUGCCAUGGUGCUGCCUUUCCAGCUGUCAUUCAAGAACGGACUGAACCCGGAUGGUUUUGACGACUUCUGGUUCUGGCUCACAACUAUGACCUUCAGUGCCGAUAUUCUCGCCAGCUUUAACACAGCCAUCCCUCGUGGUGACGAUGUUGACGUGGAUGAUGCCAAGGAGGCUCUCAUUGUCGAACGACGGGUCAUUGCCGUCACGUACCUCAGAGGUUGGUUCGUGCUCGACUUCGUGAGUACCGUACCCUGGAGCCGGAUAGUUGACAGCAUGGUGGGACCUGGUGGUGGGCCCAUGGUGACUGUGGCGAAACUUGCCAAAGUGUUGAAGUUCAUUCGCAUUAUCCGUUUAAUGAAGAUGCUUCGCGCCAAGAAGCUCAAAGACAUCUGGGAGCAAGUGGAAAGACGAAUUGGUUCGGUUGCCAUCGUGCAGGGCAUGAUGCUGAUCCGAGUGCUGCUGGUUGUGGUGGGGAUUUGCCACUGGAACGCCUGCCUUUUUUGGAUUGUCGGGGCGACUGACAGCAUUGUCACAGAUUUCCUGCCCACGUCCUUGAAAGAGCAGUUCGACAGUAUGCCGCAUUGGACGACCACCUCAAGGAGCAACGCCCCGGAUCUAGAAACCUGGAACUACGCAAGCAAGCCCAUGUUUGAGCAGUACAUUUUCUGCUUCUACUGGACUCUCGGGGUCAUGCGGACAAUGCCCGCUGAAGUGACCCCAGUGAAUGUCGUGGAGCGCGUGUUUGUUCUCUGCUUUAUGUUUUUCGCCUUAUCUGCAUUCGCGGUGUCGGUUGCCUCCCUUACGCAAGCCUACUUCAAAAUCAGUGAGCGGGGCCGGAGCUUUAACGACGAGAUGUUCGCCAUCCGCAUGCACCUCCACAAGCUUCGCAUGGAGGAAACGUCCCAGCGGAAGAUCAAGGAAUAUCUCCACCACAAGUUCACACGAAGACGGAUUAUGGCCAAGGAGGCGAACCUUCUCAAGGAGCUUCCGCCAGCUCUGAAGGAUGAGGUGGAGACUGCAAAAGUACUCCAGCAGGUGCACCACCUUCCAUGCAUGUCAGCCUUGUCCAAGGACGCGGUCAAGCAGGUCUGCAAGGGUGCAGAAUUCCUUGACAUCUUGCCGGGCGAACAUCUCGUCAACGCUGGAGAUGUCGCAACCUGUGCUUGGAUCGUCUGCUCGGGGACCAUCAAAGUGGAGGAUGCCCAGGGGCAGAAAUGCGUCGUGGAGGGUGACCCGCCAGUGAUCAAUGGAGAAUGCCUUCUCACAGAGGAACCGCAUCGAUCACCCACCACUGUCACAACCACGAGCACCUGUGAGCUUUACAAGCUAGAGAAGACGAAGUUCUUCGAAAUUGCAGCCCACCAUCUGAAGCCAAAAGAGUUCAAAAUGCGACGUCAGCAUUCCGGGCCGACUGCGAUCAAUGUGGAAGAAGCGACAGACCGGGUCACAACGCCUCAUGCCUCGGCUGGCGCAGCAGCUGCAAUCUCAGCUGGCUAA